CAUAACGGCAGAAAUCUUCAAUAACUCGUUACAUUCAUCCUUCAACUCCCUCUCCAUCCCCAUUUCUCACACCACAGUCAAAACAAAAUGGCGUCUCUCACAGGGGGAAUCCUCCUCAAGCUCCUCCAAUGCAUGAACACCAACACACGCCCCACGGGAGACCACAGAUCCGCAAUCCUUCAAGUCACAGGAAUAGUACCAGCCCUCGCGGGUUCCGAUCUACGCCCCAACCAAGGCUUCUACGUCCAGAUCUCCGACUCUUUAAACUCCACCUACGUCUCUCUCUCCGAACGCGACACAGAUCUCAUCCUCACCAACCGUCUUCAGCUCGGCCAGUUCAUCUACCUCCAACGCCUCGAGUUCGCCACCCCCGUCCCACGCGCCGCCGGAUUAAUCCGUCCCGUCGCUGGCCGUCACGCCUUCGUCGGAACUCCCCAGCCGUUAAUCGCACGCGGAUCUAAACAAGAUUUCGUUAUCCAGCAGGUUCCCGAUUCUGAGUACUCGCUUGACCCAAUCGCCGUUUACUUAAACAAUAAACGGUUAGAUGAUGAUGACGUCACAGUAAAUGGGAGGCAAGCGCUUGUUCCGGUUAACCAAAACGAAGAGAAUCGUAGCCAAAUAAUACGCAAGCAGAAACCACAAAGAUUCUCGUCACCAGCCUCCUCGGCUAAGCAACGUUGUGUCUCAUCAUUAGGGAAGAAGAACAGUUCCGUUACAGUGGAGAGAGAUCCAUCCCCCGCUGCUGUUGCGAGGAGAUCUGCGUCUCCGGUUCCAUCAAAAUGCAUAGUGCCGAGUCUUGCGGCAGCAGCAGCGGGGCGUGAGGAGAAGAGGAAGGUUGUUAGAGAGCCGUCCAUUCUUGUGCCUUCAAGAUACAGACAGCCAUCACCUAGUGGAAGAAGAAUGUCGAUUUCUCCUGGAAGAAGGCUUUCAAGUGGUGUGAGAAUGUCUCCCAUGGUUGCUGGAGAUUCUUCGGGGAAGAAGAAGAUGGUAACCGUGAUUCCCAAAGUCUCUGAGGCUCUUGUGGGAUCUUCAGCUAAACAUGGUAUCCGGAAGAAUUGGGAUGAACAGAAGGAGAAGGGUAGUAGUGUUAAGAAUAAGCCUGACCCUCAAGCAAUUUUGCGUACUCAGGCUGCUAUGUCAAGACGUCUUAGUGAUGCAAAUAGGCGGAAGAGUGAUUCCUCCGAGAAAGUGAAGUCCUGUUCAUCAGAAGAAGUCUCAGACAUUACUUAUCAUGAUCGGAAAUGGACAGAUGGUAGUGUCCCAUUGGAUAGCAUCUCAGGGGAUCUUGCAAAACUUGCAAAGGAGGCUAUGCAAAGAAGAAACUUCGCUGCUAAAGCUGCUGCUCGAGCAUUGGAGGAAGCUAAUGCUAAUGAGUGCAUCAUAAGAUGUUUAAGUAAAUUCUCGGAGCUUUCUUCUUCCGCUAAAGUUGGGAAUCCGCUGCUGAUCAUCAGCCAGUUCUUGGUAAUCUAUGAAGAUGUUGUGAAAUACAGUCAGAUCGUCAACUCAAUAGCUUCAGAAGACAAUAAUAUUCGUUUUUCAUCUGAACAACAAGACCCAAUCUCUCUUUGGGUUGAAGCUGCUUUAGCUACUAACCUCGACGUUGUCUCACUGGUGAAAAGCCAGAAUAACCACGAAUCACCUUUUAAGAAAUCAACUCCCACUCGCCUCUCUCCAGGAUGCACUACAAAGACGGGUUUGUGUUUUACAGUCCGAAACAAAUUUCCAUUUUCAGUCGACGUGGAAAGAUACAAGACUGUUAAGUUUCUGCUAUUGUUUGUUUCAGACAAUACUGUUGGGAUAUGGACAGAAGUAGAAGGCAUGAAGGAGACGGCUAAAUUCGCAGUGAACGUACAAUCCGAAAUGCAAAUGUGGUUCAUUGGGUUCGUGGAAGAGUCAUUAGAAAAGAAAAACGCAGCAGUGCGGCCUUUAGACGGUAGUUCCAUAGCUGCUGUUCUGUCUCAUCUGAAACAAGUUAACGAGUGGCUGGACAGGGUCGUGUUGGACCAAGAAAACCAGAUGACAACAAUGCCUCUCACCGACAGGAUAGAGCGACUGAAACGUAAAAUUUAUGGAUUCGUAAUCCACCACGUGGGAUCUACUUAUGACAACUCUGCUUCCUCUGCUUGAUAUUUUUUUUUGUCUAAAACUGUGUUGCAAACAUAAGUUCUGUCAACUUAUUGAAGCUUAUACAGUAACAGUAUCUUGAAACACA